AAUUAAAUAAGAUUUCAAAUUUUCGUAUUUCGAUGAUACGCGUAUAUGAACGAAAAAUCGUAUAUACGACAUGAAACAAAGUUAAAAACGUCGAAUCCAAUAGAAAUAGUGUCACGUCGCCACGUGAUGACGUGUGUUGGUCGAAAACAUCUCUAAAUAAAAGAAUAUAAGUAACAGAUAUGCUUAUCCUACCGUCGGUAAUCUUAUUGUCAAUAGUUCUACCGUAGGUAUACCCACCAUCGGUAUUUCCACUGCCGGUAAACCUCCGUAGGUAAAUCAACAGUUGCUAAUCCCAUGAUAAUAAAACACACCAUAGGAAUAUUAACAAGAUUAAUCAUUCACUAUCGAUACUAUAGGAAGUAACACCAUUGUUAAAUAAGUUUCAUUUAACUUAUAAAUGAAAGAACAUAUAUUAGAAUAUAAGUUAAUAAACAAAUCAAAUAAAAGUAAAAGGAUAAGAUUCAAAAUGCGAUCUACUAAUAAAUCAACAUUACAUAUAUACGCAACAAUAAAUAUAAUUUAAUUUUAAAUUUGUAAUGUUAAGUAUUAUUAUAUUUCAUAGUUAUUAAGAAAUAAUUAUUAUAAGAAAUAACAAUAAUUAUUAAUACAUAUUACUAAAACCUUCAUGUAUUCACAAUGGCAUUAAUUAAUAUAAGGAAUUUGUUAACAAAAGAAUAGAGAGAAAUUAUAUUUUAUAAUGUAAAAUAAUAAAGAUAAAGCGACAAGUCCGAGACACUCUUAUCACGAAUGGCUAGACUUCAUCAUCUGAUAGCCGCAUUCCAAAGGCUAAGGAUUCCUGGUAUUAUACGCGGCGAUAACCGCAUUCCAGAGGCUAAGGAUUCCGAGAAAUACAUCCGGUGAUAACUGCGCCUGGGAACUAAGGAAUUUCAAGAAAUGCAUCGGGCGAUAAGCGCAUUCCUGAGGCUAAGAAUUCUCGGAACCACAUCCGGCGAUAAGCGUCGACUGGCAGCAAUUCCCAGAAAGGAGACGAUGGAAUGCUUGUACUCCAUCACGCCACCUCUUUCCCACGGGCAAUGCCUAUGCCCGUAGGCGGCAAGUAUGAGCGGCGCGCAUGCGCAGCAACACCAUCUGGGAGUCGACCGAGUGGGAGAGCAGCGAAGCGGCCGCCAGUCUUCAUCCGUCGCUCAACUCGAUCAGCAGCUAAAACUUCAGCUCCGCUUUUAAGAAUUAUAAAGAUAAAUCAAGUUAAUAUUGUACUUAGAAAAUUUAGAUCUACUGCGUACUUUCAGUAUCAUACCGUACGGUUAUAAACAGUUUAUUUUCCCGAGCGCGAAUGUUUGUUAAGCAAUUAUAAAAGAUUAUAAUAAGAGAAUAUAUUUUUCUUUCCUGCCGAUUACUUGGUGAAAUUGUGAAUUGUACACGAGAUAACAUAAUAAAAUUACCGGGUACCGCGAGCGUCGCGUACUAACACAUAAUUCAAGUUCUAAAUCAAGUGUUCCUAUUGAAAAUGUAUAUUUAGUGUAUCUCAGUGUUUCAUUAAAUUGUUAUUGUUAAUUUGUGGUGAUAUUUCUCCUUCCUUCCAUUGACCAUCUAUCUUCGUUCAUCUAAGGAAAUUGCGGAUUUUUGACUUAGUUCCAUCCAAGGAGAAUAAUUCCAGUCCAGGCUAUAAAAACAUCGAAUUAUCGUCCACGCAUUAGUUUACUUCGUUGUCUUGGGAAUUCUUGUCAGCUACGAAACCAUGGGGCUUCUCGGCAUUUUAAUAACAACAUUAGGAAUCAUCAGCAAAUGUUUCUGCUUGUUGGGGUACGACUGUGGGGGAGGAUCAACAAACAUUACGACCAUUUCACUGUUGGACACGGGAGAAUGUAAUAUCCCGUUGCAUGCUCCCAACGCUACAGAAGUCUAUAUACAGCUCCUACAGUUAGCAGAGUACGAUCAUACACACGUACACCAAUGCCGAGUGGAGAUCGACCGAACAAUCUAUUAUUGUGGAAUGUCUUCACAUGUGUCAGCUGUUCAAAAUGGAAGACGUAUAUAUCUAAUGGAUUUAACAGCUGAGGCAUGCAAGGCCACAUUCAACACCGGUAUCUUGGGGAUAACACCGAGCCUGCAGGUAUCGGGUUUGCGGGCCAAUGCCACCGAGUAUCGGAGUGCCACGUUGGCAGGAUCGCUUUCAAUGGACGGCAAGUGCUCUGGUACACAAUACGCCGACACGUACGGCACGUGGGACAACGUAGUGGUACAAGCAUCGAUAAAGAUUAACAUUAAGGAAUAUUAUGCUACUGUGAAGAUUGCACAAAACAAUGUAAUCUUGAGUAAAGGUGAAGCGUGCGUAUUCACGGAUGGAAUGUGCAUCACUGAUGAGGAAGGAAAUGCGUUUUGGUCAACCAGGCCGGAGUCGUCAUGUAACUCCGAUAAUUACAAGGUGUUGUAUGAAGGACUCGCAACUAAAUUAAAAGCCAUGGGCAACGCGGAAAUAUACCCAGAUAUAUACACUAUUACGACUCAAGACGUCACAUUCACCUUGGAAAAAAGAGCGGAGCAUCAUCUAUGUGGUUAUACCCUAUUACUCAGCGAGCAUCCAAAAUUAUUUAUUCUGGAAACUCAGAAGGGAAGGACCUUCGCGUCAAAAGCAAAGUUAUCGGUUGAAAACCUCGAUCUAUUCGCCUACGUUAACUCUAAAUUUGUUUAUCUCGAAAAGCACAUAAGAACUCAGAUGACAGCUCUAUACAGUGACGUAAUUAGGCAAAAGUGCGAACUAGAAAAGCAGGUCCUUAAGAACGCUUUGGCAUUAGCGACUCUCCGCCCAGAUGAGUUCGCUUAUACGAUCAUGAAGGCAGCGGGUUACAUGGCUGUAACUGUAGGAGAAGUUAUUCACAUAGUGAAGUGUACACCCGUGCCAGUCAGCAUAAGGCAAUCGGAAGAAUGUUACCAUGAAUUACCUGUGACACAUCAAAAUAACAGUCUUUACCUGACACCAAAAUCGAGAAUAUUGGUAAAGACAGGCACCAUAAAAGAAUGCAACGCUCUAUUACCAUCCAUGUACUAUUUGGAGGGGAAUUGGUACAGGCUGACCCCGAAGCCUGUGGAAGUACUCCCUCCUCAAAUACUACAGCCAUUAACCAAAUUGGCAUGGAAAUACACUAACACGAAGAACUUAAUGACGAGCGGUAUUUAUACGCACCAGGACUUGGACAACUUACGAGACCAUAUCAUGUUUCCUGCAGAGAGACCUGGACUUCUAAACACAAUCGCCAGAGGAGCUACAGGACACCGCAUUCCACCCAACACCGUUUCAAUGUAUAAUUUAUUGGGAGAAGCAGACAUAAACAGGAUUACAGACAGUGCGGUCUCGAAACUAUGGCAAGGCUUUUUAGCAUUUGGAUCAGCCAGUGCUGGAAUGAUCGGCCUGUUUAUUUUAAUCAAAGGCGUAAAAUUAUGUGUCGACGCCAUUAUCAGAGGAUAUGUGCUUCAUACGGUCUAUGGAUGGAGCCUACACCUGCUGGGAGCCAUCUGGAGUUCAUUGACACAUCUACUCCUUCAUCUAGGACGAUCAGAGAAACAAGACGAGACGAAGACAACAGAGAGUGACAAGGAAAACGAUGCCAUCGAGGUCAAGGUGGACGACACUACGGAUGAUGUCACUCCAACACCCGCAACCAGGGGAAGUUCGAGAUACCCAAUCCUCGAAAGCAUCCUGGCAGCUCGUAAAACCAAGUCGUCAGAAAUAGAGAUUCCUAACGACUCAAUUAAGGGGGGAGGUGUCACGUCGCCGCGUGACGACGUGUGUUGGUCGAAAACAUCUCUAAAUAAAAGAAUAUAAGUAACAGAUAUGCUUAUCCUACCGUCGGUAAUCUUAUUGUCAAUAGUUCUACCGUAGGUAUACCCACCAUCGGUAUUUCCACUGCCGGUAAACCUCCGUAGGUAAAUCAACAGUUGCUAAUCCCAUGAUAAUAAAUCACACCUUAGGAAUAUUAACAAGAUUAAUCAUUCACUAUCGAUACUAUAGGAAGUAACACCAUUGUUAAAUAAGUUUCAUUUAACUUAUAAAUGAAAGAACAUAUAUUAGAAUAUAAGUUAAUAAACAAAUCAAAUAAAAGUAAAAGGAUAAGAUUCAAAAUGCGAUCUACUAAUAAAUCAACAUUACAUAUAUACGCAACAAUAAAUAUAAUUUAAUAUUAAAUUUGUAAUGUUAAGUAUUCUUAUAUUUCAUAGUUAUUAAGAAAUAAUUAUUAUAAGAAAUAACAAUAAUUAUUAAUACAUAUUACUAAAACCUUCAUGUAUUCACAAUGGCAUUAAUUAAUAUAAGGAAUUUGUUAACAAAAGAAUAGAGAGAAAUUAUAUUUUAUAAUGUAAAAUAAUAAAGAUAAAGCGACAAGUCCGAGACACUCUUAUCACGAAUGGCUAGACUUCAUCCUCUGAUAGCCGCAUUCCAAAGGCUAAGGAUUCCUGGUAUUAUACACGGCGAUAACCGCAUUCCAGAGGCUAAGGAUUCCGAGAAAUACAUCCGGUGAUAACUGCGCCUGGGAACUAAGGAAUUCCAAGAAUAGCAUCGGGCGAUAAGCGCAUUCCUGAGGCUAAGAAUUCUCGGAACCACAUCCGGCGAUAAGCGUCGACUGGCAGCAAUUCCCAGAAAGGAGACGAUGGAAUGCUUGUACUCCAUCACGCCACCUCUUUCCCACGGGCAAUGCCUAUGCCCGUAGGCGGCAAAGUAUGAGCGGCGCGCAUGCGCAGCAACACCAUCUGGGAGUCGACCGAGUGGGAGAGCAGCGAAGCGGCCGCCAGUCUUCAUCCGUCGCUCAACUCGAUCAGCAGCUAAAACUUCAGCUCCGCUUUUAAGAAUUAUAAAGACAAAACAAGUUAAUAUUGUACUUAGAAAAUUUAGAUCUACUGCGUACAUACAGUAUCAUACCGUACGGUUAUAAACAGUUUAUUUUCCCGAGCACGAAUGUUUGUUAAGCAAUUAUAAAAGAUUAUAAUUAGAGAAUAUAUUUUUCUUUCCUGCCGAUUACUUGGUAAAAUUGUGAAUUGUACACGAGAUAACAUAAUAAAAUAACCGGGUACCGCGAGCGUCGCGUACUAACACAUAAAUCAAGUUCUAAAUCAAGUGUUCCUAUUGAAAAUGUAUAUUUAGUGUAUCUCAGUGUUUCAUUAAAUUGUUAUUGUUAA